AUGCCUCCUCGUAAAUCAUCCAGAGUCAGCAGCCUCGAAAGGCCCAACUACUCAGACUCCAUCAGAAGAUCUAGCUCGAUCGGGAGUAAACGAGGAUGUUCCAAUGCAGUCAAACCUACCACCAGAACCGUCAAUCCAGGAGAUCCAGGAGGCUCAGGACUUGGAACAACAAGAUCAUAUAGUGAAGUUGCACGAGUACCACUUCACCAAGUGGAGAAAUGCGCAAACGUCGAAUCCCAACAACACUCGGAACAUCAUGAUUUAUCUGAAGUUGUGGAAAUCGACUCACGAAACUCUGAAGAUUCUGAUCGGCGAGGAAGCGGUGAAGACGCUAUGCCACCCUUGGGACCCCUACGAGGAAGAGAAGAACCUUCUAGCGAGGACCUUGGGAGGGUUCAUCGGCAAAGAGCAGUACCUCAAACCGCAGCAAGAUCAGAAUCACCAACAAACCCAAGCAGGACCAUCCACAGGUCCAACGAGACACCAAGCGCACAAACCGACGAACGUCCCUUACAACAGACCAGCCCAAGCAGAGGACAAAGCCCACAAUAUGCAACAGAUGUUGUCGUUCAGCCGAGCUUAUUAUCGAGCUGUGAAGGGGAUGAGAGGUCCCAACAAAGGGAAAGGGAAGCAGAACCACCAACAAUGAGUAAAGCUUUCUAUACCACCCCUAGCCCAUUCUUGACAUCUCAUAGAUUUAUAAGCGAUCUAGUUCCUAAGUACGAUGAUACCAACGUUGUAAGAUCCUCUUCUGUGAAUGUUAAACCUAUGCCAAUUGUUCAUCCUCAACCUAUGCCUGUCACGAAGAAUGUUGUUCAAGUUCCCAGUACUACUGUAGAUAUCGUCACUUCAAACUCUGCUGUAAUCAAUGAAAACAUUGUUCAAAGUGCCAAAAACUUGCCGCAUCAGAGACAAAUAACUCAAACACAGCAUAGUGUCGAAAUCGUUUCUCAACAUGAGAAAAAAGACCAGAUGAGUUUAAGAACUGAUAACAAGUUCGACAAAGAUAGAUUCUUAGCUGAUUUACAGAAAUCGGCUAAAAACUCUAAGAGCAUUGAGCAAAUUCUGCGAGAAACAGAAGUAAAAACACCACCACUCUUCAACAAAGAAGUUCCUAGAGAAAUCGUAGAUGAUAAGAGUUCUGUCUCAGUAGAAGCAGAGAAAAGUCUCAACACUAAAUUUAGAGAUCUAAGACUACAAACCGAAAAAUCCAUAACGGUACUGAAUAAGAAAUGGGACCUAGGUCUGAACAUUCUGAACGACGAAAUGAACAUACAUUUCGAAGAAAUGCGACAAAGCAUAAAUGAGAGCGACAGGAAACGCACAUUUGAAGAAACGAAUAAGAUUUUAAGUGACCAUCUUGAUAGUAUGGACGAUAUAAUGUCCAAUACAAUCAUGGUAAAUAAAGAGAUAGUUGAAGCUAAUAGCCGACACUUAGCAGGACUAGUCAAAAUAAUAGACGAUAAGAUGAUAGAGCAAAGUUUGACCUGCUCGUUGAUACAUCGAAAUGUGGUAAGAAUAUUAUCAUCAAUAGACAAGCUAACAACGAAAAUAGAAACUCAAACUGGAGAACAAAGCAUCUUACAGAACAUUGUUCCAGAUGCAACAGUAGCAAAUAGUAACAACCCGUUCGCACACGAAUUCGAUGUGAUACCUAAAGUAACACAUCCAUCAGAAAGGCGAUAUGCAGAGCAAGAAGAGAGUAUAAGACUCGAAGAAAAGACAAGCAUGACUAAGACGAGCGAGAGAUCACAAAUGGACCUGGAAAUCCUGAAGCUACUACGUCUAUGUAGCGGAGAACUAGAACAUGCGAUCCAAUCGAGAAUCAAAGAUCGAUCGAAUUUCGAAGCGUUCAUGAAUAUCUUUGAAGAGAUUGUAACUACUACCUCUAUAGGAAGGAUAACAGACAAAGCAAGUAACUUGAGAGUCACCUUUAGUAACAGUAGAGAAGGCGGAGGUUCUUUUCCGAGAGAAGUAAACAAAGAUCUGAGAGGAUCCUUUACGAAAGACUUUAGAUCAAAAGAUCCAGACUCGACCAAAGCUAUGGAGACCGAGCAAAAGAAUGCCUUCAGAUCACCCUUCAGGAGUCGAGGAGAUAGACAGCGGUAUGGCAAAAAACCAAUCAACGCAGUGAACUGCGAAGAAGAUCAGCUCUCAUAUCACGACGAGAUGUCGGAGCAAGGAGAAUCCAUACAAAAAUCGAUAAAUAGUGAAACUUCGGAUGACGGAGAAGAUUUCUGCAUUAGCAAUGUCGACAUGUUCCAGCGAGGGGAUGGUGUAUUACAAGAAAACGAUACAGACACUGAAAGUGAAGAAGAUGUUACACACAUGACACAAGAAAUAUCCCUUGAAACGUUAGCAAACAACAUCAGCAAAGCAGAAUCGAUGGCUAAUUCAAUUCCAAUAACUCCAUUUAUCGCUCGAAGAAAACUCCCAACAUCAGAUAUUGAUACCUUCCUCAGGAUAUCUAUCAGAGGAUUCGAGGAAGUGAUGUUGAUAGACACUUCCAAGCAAAUUUCGACGAUUCCAAAAUUCAUUUUAGAACAAUGCUGGCCAACGUGGGAAACAGAUAUGAGCACGCUUCCAGAUUUACAUACAUCUGACGAAAAAUCAGAAUACGGAAAGAUAGGAUCAAUAAAUUUACCUAUCAAACUAGAGCAUGAUACGAGACCAUGUUUUAUACAUAUGAACUUCGUUAUCACAGAAGACGAGCCUUCGAUAUUUUUAAGACUCGGAUGUCAAAGUUUGAAAGAACUCGAAAUGACCAUUCAUAUGGGAAGAGAAUCAUCGUGUCGAAUAUGGGAAACGAACGAAUCAUUUUCAUUUAAGCUGUGGACGUUAGACAAAUACAACAGCAACCGCGCACGAGAAAAAUCCACUCAAGUGAUGGGCUAG